GAGCUGACCUGGCCUACCCCAGAUCUGAUCCUGUUCCUGACUGCUCCACCGCCUUAUCGUUGGCAACGCAACGCCAAAAAAAGUCCCAGCCCGCCUGACAUCCUUCAGGUUUCGUGGACGCGUUGCAGUGCCGUCGAUACCGGCCGCCAGUGCCACCAAGGCCAUCCUCUUCCAUUCCACCGUUUCAUACGCCGCUCAGCCCAUCGGACUGAGUCUGACACGCGAGCCGUACCUGCCAACAAUCCCUCCUGGUGAUCACAGCGGCGCUUGCUAUCAACCCCGAGGCGUCCCGAUUUCCUCCACCCUCCUCCUCAUGCCUCUCCCUCGCCCCACAACUUUCCCUAGCAUUUCUAGUGCCUCCUGUCUUGCUCGAUCAGCUGUAGCUACUUUUGUACCAGCUACUUCGCUCGUCACUCCCUCCAAAAGGCACCAAUCCAGCCGAGCCUCGGAACAUCGAGCUCUCACAAGACGAAACCUUAGCAAGACUACCGCACCUUCCUCGACGACUGCGGGAAUGGCGACUCACAGCAAGAACACCAGCUUGCCAGCUGCGAAUCUUAAGCAUGCCGCGGUCCACCACCACCUUCCAGAGAGGAGACAUGUCCCAGCUCCGUACGUUUUCUUUUUAGCUAGACAUUCAAGAUGAGAUUUUUUUCACCUAGG